AUGGCAGCUUUCACCACCGACAAAAUGCGCAAAGACGACUCUCACAUUCUUUCUUCUCCAAAUUUACCACCACUAUCACUCAAUCGUUUCCCUCCAGAAAUCCAAAAUAUGAUCCUCACCAACAUCGCAGCUUUGCCCAAACACCACUUGGUCGAUAUGAUGAUCACCUGCCUGCAGAUGUAUCAUCGUUUCGGUGCGAUACUCUAUCAUUCCCUCGAUGUAGACGAAAACAAUGUCGAACUGGUCGUCAAAGGUCUAAUUGUCGGUGAAAAAUCAGGAAACCAACCUUUGGAAAUGAGGGACAAGCACGUGAACUCGGUAGAUUUCGCCAUCGCUUCCAAGGAUCAGAUUACAGCUCACCGACGUAAACUCAAGACUCUCAACUUCGUACAACAGAUCCAUGUCGAAGACAUCACAGCGGCAGCGCAACUCACUAAGGUGAAAAAUUGGCGCUCGCUAGAAUGGGAUAAGAAAACCGACACACUGGUCAACAUCCAAAGAAUUUCGCUCGGCGCAGCCUUGGUCGACAUGACACGCAUCGUACAUAUGCUGUUCAUUGACGCCACAAAACCGUCGCAGUAG